AUGAAAUUCUUCGUCAUGAUCUUGUUUAGUGCAAUCUCCUUAUCUGUCUCCGCGGAUUCGGACAAUAUGCAGGACACAUGUCCGACUGCUCCGGGAGAACAACGUAGCUUCUUCAUAAACGGUUAUCCUUGCAAGAACCCGACCGAGAUCAACGCUCAGGAUUUCAAGUCCACUAAGCUUACUGUAGCUGGAGACACGGACAAUUUUCUCCAGUCGAGCGUCACAUUGCUCACUGCAUUAGAGUUUCCAGGUCUAAACACUCUCGGCCUCUCGGUCUCUCGGACUGAUCUCGAAAGGGACGGAUCUGUGCCGUUCCAUUCGCAUCCGAGGUCAUCCGAGAUGCUCUUUGUGGUUAGUGGAGUCGUCUUUGCUGGAUUUGUAGAUACCAACGACAAGAUUUUUCAGACAGUUCUGCGAGAAGGCGAUGUCUUUGUCUUCCCUAAAGGAUUGCUUCAUUUUUGCUUGAGCGGUGGCUUCGAACGAGCCACCGCUCUCUCGUUUUACAAUAGCCAGAAUCCUGGAGUCGUGAAUAUUGGAGGCGUGUUUGGGAUCGAUCAAGAGCAUAUAGUGAACAUGACAAGAUCGUUAGUUUCUGGCUCUGGCUGCGAAGUCACGGACCGUGAUGAGCUUUAG